UCCAACAAUCGCGCUAUUGUGACAGGGGUUGGGAGGCUGCUGGGAAAACAUGGCAGCUUCCUUUUGUUGGUGGGGAUUUACUGUAGUCCGAGAAGGGAUUUAAAGACAUUCUUCAGUGGAUACAGGGAUCUUUAUCGUAUAACUCGGGGUUCACACUGCCAGUUAUCUAAACACUUGAAGCAGGAGAACAUGGAGAAGAGCGGGAGCAUCGACAGUUUGGGCUCGAAGCGCUCCUCUUCACGACAGCCAAGUGUUGAUUCAUUGUCCAGUACUUCCACCUCUCGCUCUGACCGGUCUGCCCAGGCCAAAGCAGCCUCUGCGAUGUCCGCUGACUCUGCAGCCACCUCUACAGAGCUCUCCCCAGAGCUCAGGGUUAAGCCCAAAACUGCUGCCAAGCAGGUGUUUAGAGAUUCAGACAAAGAAGAGCAACAGUUACUUCCAAAUGAAACUGUGCAAGACGUGGCCCAAGAUGUCACCUACUUCUGUCCUUUCAUUGGAGCAAUGAGGGGAACAGUGACUGUUACCAACUACAGACUUUUCUUCAAAAGCAUGGACAGGGAGCCAGCGUUUGUGCUGGACCUGCCCCUUGGGGUGGUGAGUCGUGUGGAAAAGAUUGGAAGUGCAUCAAGCCGUGGCGAUGUGUCAUACGGGCUCGUUUGCAAGGAUAUGCGUAAUCUACGAUUUGCACACAAACAACUGGAGGACACACUCAGGAAGUCCAUUUUCGAAGUGCUGGUGAAGUUUGCGUUUCCUGUUUCUAACGGGCUGCAAAUCUUUGCCUUUGAAUAUGGGCAAGUCUUUCCUGAAAACGGAUGGAAAGUGUAUGACGCUGUCUCGGAAUACAAAAGACAGGGUAUACCCAAUGAAAGCUGGAGGAUAUCAAAAGUAAACGAUCACUACGAGGUUUGUGACACCUACCCAUCAACUCUGGCGGUGCCUGUCAACAUACCAGACGAAGAGCUGAAGAGAGUAGCUGCCUUCCGAGCAAAAGGAAGGAUACCUGUGUUGUCAUGGAUCCAUCCAGAGAGCCAGGCGACAGUGACGCGCUGCAGUCAGCCAAUGGUUGGAGUAAACGGCAAGCGCAGCAAAGAGGAUGAGAAAUACCUUCAGGCGAUCAUGGAUGCUAAUGCUCAGUCUCAUAAACUCUUCAUCUUUGAUGCCAGGCCCAGUGUCAACGCUGCUGCCAACAAGAUGAAAGGCGGUGGGUAUGAAAGUGAAGAUGCGUAUCAAAACGCUGAGCUGGUAUUCUUGGAUAUUCACAAUAUCCACGUGAUGAGAGAGUCACUCCGCAAGCUGAAGGACGUGGUCUACCCCAACAUCGAGGACUCUCAUUGGCUCUCCAAUCUGGAGUCCACUCAUUGGCUUGAGCACAUCAAGCUGAUCUUAGCAGGAGCACUGCGAAUCGCGGACAAGGUGGAGUCUGGGAAAACAUCAGUGGUGGUGCACUGUAGUGACGGUUGGGACCGCACAGGCCAGCUCACCUCCUUGGCCAUGCUCAUGCUGGACGGUCACUUCCGCACCAUCCGCGGCUUCGAGGUGCUGCUUGAGAAAGAGUGGCUGAGCUUUGGUCACCGCUUCCAGCUGCGUCUCGGUCAUGGCGAUAAGAACCACACAGAUGCAGACCGCUCACCUGUUUUUAUUCAGUUCAUCGACUGUGUCUGGCAAUUGACUCGCCAGUUUCCUGCAGCCUUUGAGUUUAACGAAUACUUCCUGGUAACCAUCCUGGACCACCUGUACAGCUGCCUGUUCGGGACAUUCUUGUGUAACAGCGAGCAGCAGAGGUUAAAGGAGGAGAUUCCCAAGAGGACAGUAUCGUUGUGGUCUUAUGUAAACAGCCAGCUGGAGGAGUUUACCAAUCCUUUGUAUGUGAACUAUUCCAACCAUGUGUUGUUCCCUGUAGUCAGCUUACGUCACCUGGAGCUUUGGGUUGGCUACUACAUUCGCUGGAACCCUCGCAUGAGACCUCAGGAACCUGUUCAUCAGCGCUACAAGGAGCUUCUGGCAAAGCGUGCUGAGCUGCAGAAGAGAGUGGACGAGUUGCAGCGAGAGGUGACCAAUCGCUCCGCCUCUUCAUCUGAACGUGCGGGCUCCCCCACGCGCUCCAUCACUCCAGUGCAGACCUUUGUUUGACGCAACUUUGACCCUCAUGACGGUCGCAGAAGCUAAAUACUACCUGUGAGAAGGUGCCAUACAGUAGUAAUCAGGAGGCCACACUAUGAAGGACCUGUUUGCCAAACUGGCCCUUUGGGUGACACACCGCGUUAACACAACACCACCUGUCUGUUGUAUUUGCACCUCUCACAGGGAACGUAGAGUCUGCCUGCAACAGAAGAGUGUCUGUCUCGGACUGCUUCACUACAGCCAUAUUGUACUCUCCCUCCUGGGUUGAGAAGAGUAGACCAGAACCAGAGUAGUGACUACUGUUUAGCAUAUCGACAUACCUUCAAUCAGUGUUGGAUCAUUUUCAAGUACACUCAAAUAUUACUCUGGUAAAUUAUGUAUGCCUUAUACACUUCAUAGGAACACUCGCUUCAUUUCUCUACACUUCAAAUGUUUCGACGUUGAUUUGAAAGCAAUACCGCUGAAGCAAUUGUGAAGAUGUACAUUACUGCAAAAAGUAUUUUGAGCUCUAGUGAUAAAGCUAACAAUAUGGCCCGGGAAUUGUUAAAUAUUCAAAAAUGUAGCUAAAGGGCUGUAAUGUUAGUUUCUUCUAAUGAAAAAAUAACUAGACAUAGAGUGCAUUAAUAACGUCAGCAGGUUGUCUUCCCAAGUCGGUGCUUUUAGAUGGUCGUGACCAAAUAUCUCUGUUUUUUUUUUUUAUGAAUACAUAAAGUUAUGUAAGGCAUUCCUCUCAUUUAUGAUUUCAGUUUUGUAAGUUUCAUUUUUCUAACUAGUUAUUUAUUAUCCUUUGGUCCGGACUUGUAAAUAUGGCUCACAAACACACUGUCUCAUGUCAUAAAUUGAUUUAGAGAUGUUCCCAUGCAAUAUUAAUAAGCUACACAGAAUAUGCAACAGUUAAUUUGUCCCAGUUAAUAUCGACUACUUGCGAAAAUGUUAACGUGUGAACAUUUCUUUCAGAUGCUUUUAAAAACUAGUAUCAGCCAAUAUGUUUUAUAGGCAGCAGAAUGUGUAACAACUAAUCAUUUGCUUUGGGUGUUUUUUUUUAUGUUUUAGCUUAAUGAAUAAUUAUCUGUGCCUUGCUCUAAAUGACUGAUUGAUUGGGAGAAUAACAAGAGAACAAUGUGCAGUUUUUUAAUUGCCAUGAUGAAACGGUAAACACAGUGUAAGUUAGCCUUUCACUGCGUCUGUAAGUACUUGCAAUAAACAUGGGAAUCAAACUUCAA